GUGCAUGCAACACGCCUUAUACGGCAACGUAGCACACGGGCGUGCCUGGAUCAGCUUCGGGUGGUCCGCAUUUUGACUGCUUCAUGCAGCUGCAAGGUGGAACAAAGUGUCGGAGUCGGUUGGUGUCACGCUGGCGCAUGCCCAAUGUAUCCAUAUAGAGUCGAGCACACUCCGAUAUCUCACAAACCCUACGGACUCCCCACUGUUGUUCGUCGCGCGCUCGCUCUCACACUCGCUCUCACACUCGCUCUCACACUCGCUUGUUGCUGGGCGAACGUCGUGCAUUCUUCAACGUCACACUGGCUUUUCGACCACCUUGCCCAACUUCCGCGCUGAAGCAAAACCAGAAACUACUCGCUUACUCCCUCUAACCAUCAUCAGCAUGAAGCCCAUCAUUACGCUUGCAGUAGCGACCUUCGCCGCUCUUGUGGCAGCCCAGCAAGGUCCGACAUACGUCAACGGAACCUUCCUCUGUCCCGACCCCGACGGCAGCUACUGCGCCGCGAGCAAUAUCAUCAUCCGCUGCAACAACGGCACGGGAGAAGCGGGCAACUGCAACGAUAACUUGGCCGGCGAGCCACCUACUGACGUCUUCUUCGCGGAAUGCUUCUCCUGCGGUACCAACAGCAGCCAGUCAGCGUGCAGUAAGCAAGGCAUCGUCUAUCCCGGCUCUGGAAGCGGACUCGGCAGUACUCCGUUCUCGGCGAACGACACCUCGGUCUGCGCUGCCUCGCCACCAACUCCCUAUGGCUCCAACACGACAACAACAAGCAGCGCGCCAUUCAACAACGGUACGAGUACAAGCAUAACCGCAAGUGCGAGCAACACGAGCUUUGUUACCACAAGUGCCAGCACCACGCCAGUCUUCAUCAGCACGAACCCAGGCGGGCCAGUUAUUCUCGCUAGCUCCACGCCCACACAAAGUGCUUCGCAGUCGAGUGCUUCGAGCGCGCCCAAUUCAUCAAGCAGCGGGGCACCGGCGUAUACGGGCGCUGCCUCUGGAAGUGUAUACUCUGGCGCAGGGGCGGUUGUUGGCUUCGUGGCGGUGUUGGCCGGAUUUGCAGGGUUGUGAGCGCUGAUUAAGGCGCAGGUCAGUAAUGGCCUCGAACAUAAUGUAUUUGGCUGAGCGUAGUAGUAC